GUUUGGGCCUUCGUAGUUUCAGAGGUGAGUUUAUGGACUUUAAAGUUACAGUAUGAGACAGGACACGUGUAGAAAGUGGCUGAUAUUAUAACAGAUUAAUACCUGGUCGGUAAAUUAAAACAGGACACACAGAGCUUCAUCAUGGUGAAAAUUUUCAUCGGUAACCUGUCCUGUGACACCACAAAAGAAGAGCUGCGUGAACUCUUUGAGAAGUACGGCACAGUCACAGAAUAUGACGUGGUCAAAAACUUCGGGUUUGUGCACAUGAGCAGCAUGUCUGACGCAGAGGAGGCCAUCAAAAACCUCAACCAGCACCAGUUGCAUGGCUGGCGCAUGAACGUGGAGUUGAGCAAAGGGAGGCCCAAGUCCACCACAAAGCUGCAUGUCAGCAACCUUGGCGACGGUGUUGACACUGAUAUGCUGAAGGCCAAGUUUGAAGAGUUUGGCCCAGUUGUGGAGUGCGACAUAGUGAAAGACUACGCCUUUGUGCACAUGGAGCGAAUGGAGGACGCCAUGGAGGCCAUCGAUAAGCUUGACAACAAAGCCUACAAAGGCAAGCUGAUGAGCGUACAGCUGUCCACCAGUCGGCUUCGCACCGCCCCGGGAAUGGGAGAUCAUACCGGCUGCUAUGUCUGCGGGAAACAUGGUCACUGGUCGAAAGACUGUCACGUCGGUCGGAACGGUAGCCACGGUGAUGGGCCAAGAGGUCGCAGAGGCCCCCCACCACGCGGUCCCCCAGGUUAUGGCAGGGGCAGCUAUGGGAUGCCACCUCCAGGAGACGAUUACAUGGGUGGCUCUGCGUAUAGUCGGGCGAGUUACGGAGGCGGGAUACCACCUCCCCCUCGUAGGCUCAGCGGCUACGGUGCCGAGUUGGGUGAUCGGUACAGAGCGGCAGCCUAUCCUGAGAGAUCAUCGGCUUAUGAUCGUGACCGCAUCUAUAGUAGUAUUGACUACUAUGAGAAGUACAGAGCCCGCCCCUAUGGCUCGAGCUAUUUCGAAGAUGGUCGCUUGCCCUAUAUCCCCCCUCCCCCUCCUCCCCCCUCCUCUCUUUCAAAGCUGUCCUCCAGUUUAGAUCCAUACGACCGUCGACUUCUUCCUCCACCUUCAUCAGCCUCUGCAGCUGCCGCUUACUAUGCACGAGACCGCAGCCCGAUUAAACGAGUACCCGCGGUCCCGGCAGCUUACUCCUAUGAGCGAACACGCCUGUCUCCGGUGUCGUCCUCCAGGAGCUCCUAUGCUGCUCCACGAGCCAAGGAUCAUUACGCGCCACGCUAUGCCCCUUACUGAAGCCAAGGUUUGUUUGCAAACUGCCAGACUCUUUCUUUACCAUAAUUUCUUCAGGCUUCAGGAUUCCAUCUGCAGAGUAAAACAGAUCGAUGAAUGAAUGAGGAUUAGAAAUGAGACGAGGUGCCUGAGACACCUGUAGAUGGAUCGUCUUUUUUCAGUCACAUUAGAGUUUGCAAACACUGAUGUAUAAAAUAAACAAUAAUCUACUCUUUCUCUUUGCAGGUUUCAGAUCAGUUUUAACAAUGUUUUGUUCUUGUUUCUUCUUCACUUUGAGCUAAGUGUAAAGGUUAAGAAAAGUUAACUGUUUGGCUUCUGUUGGUCAUUAGAUGAGGUUCAUGUUUCACUGAUAAAUGUGGACAUUUAGAUUUGUUUCUGUUUUUGAUUGCAUAAGACCACAUUUUGAAUCUUAACUUCCUUUUGGCUGGCUACCCAUAAUGAUGAUUUUAAAUAUGUGGAUGACCACGGACAUAUGGAAAGUUUCAACUGAUUUCUAACAUAAUUCUCUGAACGCUUACACUAGAUGAUUCAGCAAGACUGUGAGACUACACACCUGCUGUUUGUAGGGAAAAUGUCAGAGCAUAGAUUCCACAGACAUGAGAUCUCAGAAACUCAGGAUCAAGCGUGACUUAAGAAGGAAAAUAAAACAGGGCGAUAGAUGUUUGCAGCUGGCAUUCAUUUGCUUUUGCAGUAAAAAGCAAAAGAUAAAAGGGAUUUGAAGUGAAAUCCUAUCCGAGAAAACGUUAUAGUUGUGUUCAUGUUGCUGUAAAUGUAAGCAACAUCUGAUAGUGAUGCUUCUCCAUCUGCUCGCUCAUCGGCUACUGCAGGUUCAUCAAAUUCUGCUUGAUCUGGAAUCAUAAAUUUUAAAAUGUAUGAAAUUUCAGAUUGGGGGAGGCGCUGUCAAUCAGAAGCAGUAAAAUGAUUACAGUUAAUUACAAUACAUGAGGAUUAUUUUGCCAAUAAUUAGCUCAGACCAGUCCUAAAUUUGGGUCUCAAAUCGUCAUCUUUGUAGCCAGCUAAAGGCCCAUCACAUGAAUAAUUCUAAGAACAUGAAAAGAUGAAUCAACAUUAUUUUAUUUUUCUAUCAGAUAAAAAUGAUCUCAAACAUUCCAGCCUCUUAAUUUAGUUGAACUAGUGUCAUCAAAAUAUAAAGGAGAUCAUUUUUUAACACUUCCCAAUGCUUCACAUAAAUUGAGGUCAAUAUUUUUGGAAUAAAAGUGUUAGAUGACACCAAAACAGGACUACUGUCUAAUGUGAUCAGUGAAAAGGCUAAGUAGCAAAUUGAUUUCAUUAUCUUAUGACUUUUUUCUCUGCUAACAACAUACAAAAACCAGUCAUGUGGUUAGCUUUAGUCUUGGGUAGGUGUUCUUUGUGUAUCAUAGCGUGAAUGUGAGGCAGGAUUUGGGACUGUCAAAGUCAGGAGGCACCUUGUUUUGUUAAAGAUGCCUUUGUUUGUUUGUUUGUUUGUUUGUUUUGCAGAUAUAAAGGUGGGUUUGAAGUUUGUAUCUUUCAUACUAGCUGUAAAAGUACCAGCACAUAAAACAAAUGUAAAAUUGACAUGAUUUUUAAUAAAGCCAAAGGUAUUUUGGUGAUUUUGACA